UUUCCUCCUCAAACAAUGCCCAAUUCUCUCAAUUCACCAAAACUGUCCAACUUAAAAACCCUUCAGUUCAAACCCUUUUGUCAAUUGGUGGUGGAAACUCUGAUAAGGCAGCUUUUGCUUCAAUGGCAAGCAAUUCUGCUUCUCAGAAAACUUUUAUCGAUCCAUCGAUAAACUGGGCCAGGUCUUAUGCAGAGGCAAAAAACUCCGGCAAACCACCGUUGAUUUUAACCGCCGCAGUUUCAUUUGCGCCAACAGUUGAUGGAUUGAAUUAUCCAAUUCAAUCCAUCUCAAGUGGCUUAAACUGGAUCAAUGUCAUGGCCUAUGACUUUUUUGAUCCAACCAUUUCUAAAUUUACUAAUUCACAUGCUGCACUGUAUGAUUCAAUUGGUCAAGUUAGUGCGAGCUAUGGGAUUGGAGCUUGGAUUCAAGCAGGAAUUACUGCAAAGAAGCUAGUGCUUGGCAUGCCAUUUUAUGGAUAUUCACGGCGUCUGGUAAAUGCUAAUAACCAUGGUGUCUUGGCACCGGCGAACGGGCUGGUUGGUUCGGACAUGGGGGCCAUUACUUACCAUCAGAUCAAGGCAUUCAUUACCCAGAACAAGGCCACAACUGUGUACAAUGCUACAAUUGUUUCGGACUAUUGUUAUGCUGGAACAACAUGGAUAGGUUAUGAUGAUAAACAAAUUACCUCCACUAAGGUUUCUUAUGCUAAGCAGAAAGGAUUGCUUGGUUACUUUGCAUGGCGUGUUGCAGCUGAUUACAACUGGGGCCUGUCCCAACAGGGUUUGUGUGAAUUCUUCCACACCAUUUUAUAG